CAUUCAUUUUAAUUCAUAUUAUUCUUGUUUAUUUCUUUACUACGUUUAUGAGAUCUUUGAUUUUAUCUGAAAUGACAACGCUCAGAUUACCGUGAACAAGGUUUAUAUGAGAACAAUUGUCUGCAAACGCCUAUAGACACUGCGAGGCGUAUCCGCUCUUAUGUUUUCCAGCCUGUUAUUGCCAAGGGGGCGUUUGAGUAGAUGCUGCUUGUUUUGUUUCCUGAUGUUUGGUAACCAUUACCUCAGGAUAUAUCUACACUAGAAAAUGCGAUUCAGGGACGUCGCGUACUUAACUGCAUCUGCUUUCAUCGAGAUUUGAAACAGUCGUUGUCAGUCUUUGUCUGGAUGGCAUCAAAUGUGCAGUCAAUUUCGUUACGAUUUUCUCCGAUUAAUUCAGUUUCACAGCCAAAGGGAGAAUUUCGCCUUUUUUUUCCAACGAAGUAUUAUGUAUCAAGGCAAUCCGAUGCAAAUACUCGCAAAACCGUGACUUUGAAUUAACAUAUCGCUGAUUUGCACUGGAAAUCGCCGCUCAUGUGGCCAACAGGAGUGGGUAGCAGGUUGCCCUGUCCCCGGGACUCUGCACUCCGCAGAGCGGCCCUCGGUGGGAAUGUCCUUGCUGUCUCUCCUCACCAUAUACCGACUGGCAGGAGUGUCCGAGUCUUCAUCUCUGCCAACCCUGACGACACAGAAGCUGAGAGAAGUGCUUUAAAAGAACAUGUGUAUCCUAAAUUAAGAGAAUUCUGCAGGGAAAACUAUGGAAUUGAGUUCCAGGUAGUGGAUUUAUACUGGGGAAUAGAUCCAGAGGAAUGGGACAAUCCAGAGCUACAGCGGAUGAGAAUGAAGCUCCUGGAAGAGUGCUUGAAAACAUCUUCAGGUCCAUGUUUUGUUGGACUUUUAGGUGAAAAAUAUGGCAGUAUUCGAAUCCCUGGAGAGGUGGAGUCAGCUGAGUUUGAAAUGAUUCUAGAUUCUGCUACAGAAGCUGGACUAGACACCAGGAUUUUGGAAGAAUGUUACUGCAGAGAUGAAAAUGCAGUUCCACCAGCAUACUACCUCAAGCCAAAAUCUGAAAUUCUGAAGAAUUUACAUAAUUCAAUGGAAUCUGCCAACAGAAACUUACAGAAUGACAAGAGCUGGCAGAACAUAGCAGAUGGGAUAAAAAAAGUUUUCAAAACAGCUGUUUCAUUACUUCAGGAAAAGGGCACUAUGAAAAACAGCCAGGCCAAGAGAUUCCUUUGCUCUGCCCUUGAAGAUGAAUUGGACUUUGCUUUAGGAAAACAAACCCCUGCAUUCCUGAAAAAGUGUGUUUGCUAUAUCAGGAAAAUUGCUAACUUUGACAGACAUGCAAAACUUCCAGAAAUGGGUCGCUACAUGGAUACAGUAACAGAGGGUGAGAAGAUAAUGCGCAACCAAGAAGCCUAUGAGAAACUCAUCAAACUCAGAGAUGAAUUUAUUCCCACAAUUGUUGCAUCUUCCAACCUUAGAGUGUACACAUCUGUCACUCAUUGUGAUAUGAAACUUGGGUAUUCUGAAGAUGUGGAAAAUCAUUAUGUUGAAGGCCUGUGUAAACAGUUUUAUGAGGAUAUGGUGGACAUUAUCCAAGCUACAGUCCAACAGAACUUUGACACUGAAAUGGACCCUCUUUAUGAUGAAGUACUGCAGCAUUUAUCUUUGUGCAAAACCUAUGCGACAUUUUUCGAGUACAGAUGUGAAGCAUUAAGUUUAAUUCACAAGUACAUUCUGCCUUCUAAGGCAGGACGAAUUAAUCCAUUAAUUGUUUAUGGAGGACCUUGCACUGGAAAAACCUUACUGCUUGCUGAAGUGGCAAAACAGGCUUAUGCUUGGCUCCAGAAGGAAAUGGGGCCUGACACAGAUCCAGUAGUAAUUGUGAGGUUUCUGGGAUCUACUGAAGUAUCUUCUGACCUCCACAGUCUACUGCAAAGUAUCUGUGAACAAAUAGCAAUCAACUACAGAUGCCUUAUACAUUUUAAUCCACCUAAAAUUCAGGAUCUUAGGGAGCUGAUAGUGAACCUAAUGAGUGAAUCUUCAUUCCAUCGUCCACUGAUAAUUGUAUUGGAUGCUUUAGAACAACUUUCAGACAAUGACGAAGCACGCAAACUAUGGUGGCUUCCAGUACACUUACCACGGUCUGUGAGAAUCAUCAUUUCCACACUGCCAAACAAGCAUGGGAUUCUACAAAAACUGAGGUGCCUUAUACAUGAUGAGAAUAAUUACAUUGAGCUCCUGCAGCGUGACAGGAAAAUGUGCAGCCAGGUACUCAAACACCAACUCCUUAAUGUCAAAAGAAAAGUCACUUCGGGUCAGCAAAUUUAUGUAAAUGAAGCACUGGGAAAGUGCACUUUGCCCAUGUUUGUGAAUUUGAUCUAUAGAGAAGUUAUGCACUGGAGGUCACAUAAAGAUGUUGAUGGUACAUCACUUUGCAGAACCGUGCAUGAGAGCAUUGAGCAUCUGUUUUGGUCUUUGGAAAACAAGUUAAGUUCCAGAUUUGUGUUUAGAGCACUUGGAUACAUCACAAUAGCCAAAGCUGGUCUCAGUGAAAUGGAACUGGAAGAUAUCCUUUCCCUUGACAACAGUGUUUUAAGUGACAUUAUGGUUAGUACCAACAUCAAGAACCCUCUAAGAAUCACCUACAAUCUCAUUGCUAAACUCAAAGAAGAACUAGAAGGAUAUCUCAUUGAAAGGCAAGUAAGAAAUGUGACAUUGCUUGUAUGGGCCAACAGGCAUCUCUAUCUGAUUGCACAGAAGUUGUAUCUCAACAAUGAGGAAGAUGUCCAUCAAAUGCAUAGUCUCCUGGCUGAGUACUUCCUAGGGGUGUGGUCUGGUGGAAGAAAGAAAAUAUUCCACUAUGAUAAUCACUUUGCUUCUCUUGAUUUAACUCAAAGGAAUCCCAACCACACUGAAAAGUCAAACACAGACAAGUCUUCCUUUGAUAGACAGACUCCAGAGCAGCCUUGGGUGUUUCAGUGCAACUUACUAGAACCAGAUAUAUUCUUUGUCAAUCACAGGAAGAUGACUGAGCUUUUAUAUCACCUGACAAGGAGUGGACGGACGGAUGACUUGAUGUUUGGUGUUAUAAUGAAUUUCAGCUGGCUCUACACAAUGAUUAAAAUUGGUCAGUUUGAAAAAGCACUUGCAGACAUUGACUUUGCUUAUAGUUACUCACAGGAGAAGGAGCUCAAAUUUCUUGCAAGUACUCUACGCAGCAUAAAAGUAAAGGUCAUGAAAAACCCUAGCUCUCUUUCUGCUGAAUUGCAACAGAGACUUUUGCCUGUUGUUACUUCAUUGCCAAAACUUAGACACUUGCUACUAGAAUGUGACAAAGAUGGUCCAAAGUACUGUUCUAUUGUUCCUUUGCAUUCCUCAAUGGAUGUUACAUACAGCCCUGAGCGCCUUCCUUUAUGCUCAAGUUACAUGCAAAUUGUCGAAAUUCUUCCAACGUUUGCCCCUACCAUUAUCAUUGCUGCACUGGAAAAUGGAUCUAUCAGCACCUGGGAUGUUGAGUCUCACCAGCUUUUAAGGCAGAUUGAUACUGCUCAUUCUGUUGUUCUUGGGAUAAAACUUACAAGUGAUGAGAAAUAUCUUGUUGUGGCUACAACUAAAAACACUUUGCUCAUAUAUGACAACCACAAAUCUUGCUUGUUGUCAGAGGUUGAAAUCAAAUCAAAACACUGUGGAAUUGCAGGAGGGAUUGCCUUUAUAAAUGGUUUCACCUUGUCUAGUAAUCACGCUCUCGCAUGGCUAGAAGCAAGCAAAGAUGUCAAUGUGAUAGACCUUCUUUAUGGAUGGCCCUUAUACCAAUUUCACUGCUGGUAUGAAGUCACUUGUGUCCAGUGUUCUCCAGAUGGAAUUUAUGCUUUUUGUGGUCAGUAUCUAAAUACCACAUCUAUAUUUCAUUUAGGAAGUGGAGAAAAACUAGCUACAGUGACAUCAGAGUUUUCUGGGGGAUUUGUAAAAUCUCUUCUCAUUUUAGACACUAUUCAGGAAAUGGUGAUGAUUGACAAUGAAGGAAGCCUCUCAGUCUGGAAUACUGAAGAAAUUACAAACCCCCAGAUAAUUGAGGACUAUGACUGUAGAGGAGAAGACAAUGAAGUUGUCAGCAUUGAACUGUCAGAAGACCAAAGUGCCAUUCUUAUUUGCAAGGCGAGAAGCAUUGAAGUUUUAGACACAAGCUUGUGGAAGAUGGCAGAAAAGUUUAAAGCAAAACUAAGUGAACGUUUUAUUUCUGCUGUUCUAUCCAAAAGUGCAGAGUGCAUUGUUGCUUCCAUGGAGAAUACUUCAUCCAUUUUUGUCUGGAGGAGGGACAGUGGUCAGUGUAUGGCGAGUUUGCUUGAAAUAUCAGGAUCUAUUGUCAAGUUAAUAAAAUCUAAUCAUCACAACUUGUUGUUAUCUGUUACCACUAGUGGUGUUGUCUCUAUCUGGGACAUAGACAUUAUAACAGCGAUGUCAAACAUUGACAAAACUGGAAAGCCAAUCCAAAACCUGCUACUGAGUGGCCGAGAUGAAUUUAUCUUUACAUUGGAUGGAUCUGAGUCAGUACAUAAGUGGAACUUCAGUACAGGCUUCAUUGAAAAUGUGUUUAAGCACGAGGGCAAUGUGGAAAAUUGCGUGUUGACAACAUCAGGAGAUUUAAUGGUCACAUCAGAUGACAGAUGUAAUCAAUAUGUCUGGCAUACCUCUACUGGCGAGAACAUAUUCCGAAUUAAUGGGCAGAAGAUAUCUCAACUUCUUAUUACACAUAAUGAUCAGUUUGUUGUCUCUCUUUGUGAACAGAAUGCAUCUAGAGUCUGGAGGCUAGCUACAGGACACAAAGUAUGUAAUAUACUUGUAGCAUUACAGAAUGCCUUCAUUACGACUGCAAAUACAUUCCUGAUUGGUAUGACCAAAAAUAAGCUGCUGGCUGUUAGUCUGUGGUCAGGAAGUGUGUCAAAGAAGUUUUGCUGUGAUGAUGGCGUUACCAUCGUCAGUUUUAAGCUCAUUCCAGAUUGCCCUGAUUAUGUUGUUUUUAUCACAUCUACAGAAACAGUGUACAUCUGGAGUGUGGCAGAGGAGUCCAUCUGCAGACGUGUACAACUCCCAAACAAUUUUUUGAAAACACUGGAAGAUUUUCAGAUCUCACCAAAUGGAAAACUGGGAAUUGUGUCCAGAGGAGAUGAAAAUAUCAAUAUUUUAGAUUUGCAUAGUGGCAAGCUGAGGAUUGUUCAUGCCUCUGGUGUCCUUUGGCGACAGAGACUCUCACGGGAUGGUCGUUACCUGGUAUACAUUUGCUUUCAGAACAGCGAUGAUGAUGAUGAUAGUGGUGUGGUCUCCAACCUAACUGUUAUGAGAUUAGCUGAUGGCAAGAGCAUCGGUGCUUGUUCACUUUAUAAAACCCCAACCUUUUUCAGCCUAUCUCAACGACAUCUCAAUAUAAUUGUGGGAUUCGAUGAUGGGAGUAUAGGGACUUACACAGUAGUGGACCGCGUAGAUGCAGCCCUAAAAAUCAAAAUUGCUACAUCAAACAGCCGUCAAAUUGUCAACAAUGCUUCACAAAAAGUGCGUCCCAAAUGUGCAACUCACAGCUGUAAAACAAUUGCAGACUGUGUUUGGAGAGAGUCUACUGAGGUUUUUUCAAGAGAAAGUCCCAUAAAUGUGUCGGAUUCAGGUGAGACAGAGGCAACACCAACCAAAAAACAAAACUGUUGUCAUGACAGAGUAUGUUCAGACAAUUAAGUUUACAGUUUCAAUGCUGCAGAUCAGCAAAAUAACAUCAGCCACACUGUUAAUGAAAAGAAUUUAGAUGUAUAAAAGCUAACAGUUGUGGCUUCAGAACUCAAUACUUUCAUAAGCCUCAUUUUAAAGUUUUGAUUUUUAAGCUUAAUUUUACUGAACAUUUAUUUGAUUCAAGUCAGCAUCCUCUUAGUUGUUUCACUGUAGGGAAAUAUAAGUUAAAUAUCCUGUUAAAUGUUUGAUCUUUGCUGGAGGGAGUUGAAUAUUUUUAUUAACUAUUUUGAAAAGAUCCUUCCUAUGUCAGACACUAUUUUUGUUAAUUUGCACUGUACCUAUGUGAACCUCUUCACUGCUUAACAUUAUGAAAACCUGAUGGACAAGUUUCCCACUAAUAUAGUAUGAGUGACAAAGUGAUGAAAAAUAUCUUGUGCAUAUUGUUUACUUUGCUCCUUGUCAUUAGUAUUUACUUUUUCAAAAAAAGUGUGCAAACACUUUGACUAUAUGACAGCAAUGAUACAGAAAUUUACUUUUUAGUACUGGUAUACAUUUACAUUGAACUGCUUAAAAAUAUGGAUAGCUUUAUGCAAACAAAUUGAGUGCCUGAAUUUUAAAAGAUUUUCAUAAUGUUUGUUGGAACAAAAUAAAGUUACAUGGAACAUAUUAAAAUUUUACAGGUUGCAGUUUUGAUGAUGUUGAUAAAUGUUAUAGAUUCAUUUUGUUUUUGAUUGACCCAGAUUUUUUAAUUAGAUCUGUAUAAAUUGAUUAACAAAAAAAAUCCAUAUUAAAACCUUAACAAAAGUUAGUGAUUUAAAAACCAGACUGCACUGACCUUGAAGCGCAUUUUUUAAACAAAAUAUUACACCAAGAAAACACCGGUGGAGUAAAUCACUGACUUUUUAAUUAAAUUAAAAGGCAUUUGACCAUUUAGAAAUGCAUUUCAUUAAUCCAUAAAUAUUUUAAGACCAGUCAUUAAUAUCACAUAUUAUAUCAUUUUCAGAGACAUUCCAAUGUGGUUGCCUCAAACACAAUUGUGUGUAAAUGGGUAUUUUAUGAGGAUUUGAGUCUCUGAGUAUAUUCAGAUAAUUUUCUUGGGCAGUUAUUUAUUCUGUGAAAGCUAUCAAUCUGGGUGUAGAAUUUCCUCUCAAGCAUGGAGAAUACUUGCAAGUUAGAGCUGUGCUACUAGUUGACUAUGUUUGGGGUGACAUAAUUGGCUGAGCUUCACCAAAGCAAUAAGUUGAAGUUGCACACUGAACUGUGAUUGGUAAAAGCUGUCAAUCCUAGAUCAGUAUGAUAGCAUGGCUAACUUGACAAUAUUUACGUUGGAAAAUGUGUCAUGUUUUAUGUGGACGCUAUUGUGUAAGUAGUACUGAAAAGACUUUAGCUCCAUAAAAAAUAAUUGGUAAGUCUAAGUCAAGUUGCUUAGAAAUUGACAUAACUGUGUGAAUGACAAUAGGGGAACAUCUAGACAGCUGAUGAAGGUCAGAAUGUACUAGCAAUCACUUAGUGUGUAUUUAGUAUAUCUAGAAAGCAUAUUUAAUUAUUUAAUAUUUCUUUCCAACUUGGAAUAGGCAUAAAUGUUACAAAAUGGAACUUUGUUAAUUGUGAAAAGUUUGUUAGCUGCCUUUUCCUUACAUGACAGAAAAUGGAAUAACCACUAUUAUAUUUAAGUAUGUACACAACCUUGUUGUGUAAAAGGCUGGAACUUUUAUCUUUACCUGUAGUUAUUAUGAAUCUAAAGGGCUAAAUAUUUCCUUAUAUAUGUUUGUUUAUUUUCAAUAAAAAACACCAAGCUAUUUCAGUUAUCCCAAGAAAGUUGUGAGCUUUAAAUAACACUGAUACCUUCCCACAGUGAGUAAACCUUAUAAAGUAAACAUUGAUAUAUUUGCCAAAGCUUCCGAGUUUAAUUUUUUGUUGUUUGCAACUUAUGGUCUUUUAUGGCUGGAACGUUUGACUCAGUAAAAUGUGAUCUUUCAACGUAAAUAAGUUGCAGUGCCUUGUAAAAGUAUUUAGACCCUCGCAAAUGUUUCACAUUUUGCUGCUUUAAAGCUUGCAUUUGAUAAAUUUUGACGUAGCGAUUAAUAUUUGUUGUAUACACAACCUACACCACACUUUCAAAGGAAAAACAUUGAAUGAAGUAAAGAGUAAUUAAUAUGACGGAAAAAUAGAAAAGUCAUGAUUGCAUAAGUAUUCAAACCCUUUGCUAUAGCAAAAAAUAAUUGGUGCACAACUUAAGCCACACAGUUAGAGGAGUCAUUUUAAUUGCAUGACCAAUGAGUAAAAUUAGUGUUGCCAAAGCAAAACAAAUACAAUUAACAUAAAACAAUCUUUAGCCAUUUACAAUACUUCCUGUUUGUGUGAAAUAUACUGAUUCUCUUGAAGAGUAGAUACACCUGUCUCUAUAAACCCCGGUGUCCUGGCCAAAUUUCCCAUUGGCCCUUACCAAUCAUGGCCUCCUAAUAAUCCCCCUCUAUGAAUU